AAUGAGAUCAUUUUCCAACUUUAGUGUUCUCCCCAUCAAUAAGUGCUCUUAUUAUCAGCAACAAAGGCUUCCCAGAAUAUCAAACGAAAAAUGAAGCUCAGUCAACCACUUAGCAUCUUCGCGCUUCUCGUAGCAUCGGGUCUCGCGGUGGCCGUCCCUCAAGACGAUGCAUGUACAGUAAUUCUUCCUCAUCCGCACUCCCUCCUUCCAUUACACUGAAAUGUCAAAUCUAAUCCGUGAACCAUAGGAAUGCCUCACUGAAGGUACUUUCUGCGCCGGCUUCGCCGGGCCCGUUGGCACCUGUUGUGAUGGCUUAGUCUGCGAAAACGCUCCAGGCGUCGCAGAUGAUGCACACUGCAUUCGAAAGAAGAAGGUCUGCUUUCCUGACAUCCUAUUCUGAGAUGAAAUAUACUGAUGUAUCUGAUUCAGUGUUUGGAGAAAGGUGCAACUUGUGUGAGCAUUGCAGGCCCUGUUGGUACAUGCUGUACUGGAAAAUGUACCUUCGUUGCACCAGACUAUAGCGUUUGUAAGUGAAGAGCAUCCGUGAGGAGGGUGACGAAGUGCCUCGAGUGUGGAUCUAUCGGCGGGAGAAGUAGGAGCCUUACUUCUUUACGAAACACGGUAGAGAAUUUAAACCACUUUCCACUAGUCUUAGUGCUAUUUCUACCGAGACCU